UUUUUUGAAUAAAACAAAGAAGCAUCAACCCAUGUGUUGGCUUUUUGUUGCCACUCAUUUUGUGACACUGUUACUUCAACUGUCUAUCUCAUGUAUUUCUGUAUCAUUUUCUCUCUCUCUUCCCAAAACCUUAUCCCAGAGCGAGUGAAUUCUUGAUAUUACAGGUGAUGAUCUUGCAGCAUCUGCCGUUUCCUUUAGCCAUCUUUUUUUCCUUCUUCUACCUAUUCUGUAACCGGAUCAUACGAUUGAAACUUCUUAUGGUUUAAUUGUUUUGGUUUCAGAUGCAGAGUUGAUCAUUUUUGUGAGGUUUGACUUGAUCGUUUCUGCAGAAUAUUUUUUGAACAGAGCAAAUGAUUAAUGAGUGCUGAGUUGGAGCGUUACUGAUAAUGUGAAUACUAUAGAAAUCAAAUCAGAUAAAAAUACACCGCACGUGUGUUCUUGAUCUGGGGUUUCUCAAUCUCGUCGAAAUUCCACCCAAGAUUCCACCGCCGACACAGAAAUCUUGAUCUUGAUCUGGGUUUUUGCAAGAGAAAAAGGGGGGUUUAAUUAAUUUGAUGGAAGCUAAGCCGCAGAAGCAGAUAAAGAAGCAGCUAACGGGGAAAAGGGAUGAUUCAGCUCUGCAUUCAGCUGCGAGAGAAGGGAAUUUGGAGGUGGUGGUUGAGAUCAUCAAUGGCUGCGGCGGCGGAGGAGAGGAGCUCAUUGAGCUGCUGUCGAAGCAGAACCAGUCCGGCGAAACCGCCCUUUACGCAGCGGCGGAGUGCGGCCACGUUGAGCUGGUUGAGGAGAUGAUCAAGCACUAUGAUGUUGGCUUUGCAGCCUUGAAGGCUAAGAAUGGUUUUGAUGCCUUUCAUAUCGCUGCCAAGAUGGGCAAAUUAGGAGUGUUGAAGGCUCUGAUGGAGGCGGAUCCUGAGCUGCUGGCGACGGUGGACCAAUCGAACACGACGGCGUUGCACACGGCGGCAGCGCAAGGGCACGUUGAGGUGGUGAGUUUCCUGUUGGAGAGGAAUAGCAGUCUUGCCACAAUAGCAAGAAACAAUGGGAAAACGGCACUGCAUUCUUCAGCGAGAUACGGCCAUUUGGAGGUGGUGAAGGCCAUUCUACGGAAAGAGCCCGGGAUCGCCACGUGGCAAGACAAGAAGGGCCAGACGGCCCUUCACAUGGCCGUCAAGGGCACCAGCACUCAUGUCGUCGAUGACCUCAUCGCCGCCGAUUCUGCUCUUCUAACAAUGCAGGAUGCCAAGGCCAAUACCGCAUUGCAUAUAGCCACAAGAAAGGCUCGACCGCAGAUUCUGGAAGCUCUGCUCAAACACAAAGAGCUAAACAAAGAAGCCAUCAACAAAUCAGGGGAGACCGCCUUGGACACGGCCGAGAAGACCGGGCAUUCGGCGGUGGUGGCCCUCCUGCAGCAGUCCGGCGUGAAGAGCGCGAAAUCCCUGUCGCCGCCGAGCGCGGCGCGGCAGCUGAAGCAGACGGUGAGCGACAUCAAGCACGAGGUGCACGACCAGCUGCAGCACACGCGGCAGACGAGGCGGCGGGUGCGCGGCAUCGCCAAGCGCCUCGGGAAGAUGCAGUCGGAGGGCCUCAACAACGCCAUCACCUCCACCACGGUGGUGGCCGUGCUGAUCGCCACGGUGGCGUUCGCGGCCAUCUUCACGCUGCCGGGGCAGUACGCGGAUGACCGGAAGAAUGUCCCCAAGGGGCUCUCCCUCGGGGAGGCCAACAUCGCCCCCAAUGUGGAAUUCACCAUCUUCCUGAUAUUCGACUCGCUGGCGCUCUUCAUAUCGCUGGCGGUGGUGGUGGUGCAGACGUCGGUGGUGGUGGUGGAGAGGCGGGCGAAGAAGCAGAUGAUGGCGGUCAUCAACAAGCUCAUGUGGCUGGCCUGCACGUUCGUGUCGGUGGCGUUCCUGGCGCUGUGCUACAUCAUAGUGGGGGAGGAGGAGCGGUGGCUGGCGGUGGGGGUGACGGUGAUUGGGAGCUUGAUCAUGGCAACCACGCUGGGGACGCUCUGCUAUUGGGUGGUGAUGCAUAGGAUUGAGGCCUCCAACCUCAGGAGGUCAGCUAGAAACAGCCGCUCACAGUCGUGGUCGGUGUCGGUCAUGUCCGACUCCGACGCCGCCGAGGAAGCCUGCAAUAAGCUCUAUGCUCUCUGAUAAAUUCAUCAUAUAUAAUACUAUCAUAUUGCUUCCCUUCUCUUCUUCUUACUUUCUGUUUCCAACAAUUUAAAAAGAUAUUGGUGGGCAGACGUACAAUAAUAGUAAUUUGGUGGUGGAACUAAA